AUGAUACAGGUAGGACUUUCUUCAACCUUCGAUACUUUUUCUCUUCCCUUCUCCCUGGAAGUGCAUGUUUACUUAUUCUACCUCUCUUUUCUUCUUCUUGUUUCGUCCUCCAGGUGCCGAAAUCAAGACUCUAUAAAACCUCUAGCAACUCCUUCGAGGCCCAUAUUCUUCUCACGGGCAACAUCUUCCUUUUCCUCAUUAUUCUCCCCGGUUCCCAUCCCCAGGUCAUAUCCAUAUCACCAUAGUGCGAGGACCGGCUCCUUUUCAGACCCUGGCUUGCUCUACUCGUUGCCAAAUACAACCAUUUCCCUUUCCACUAGCCUGCCGCAGCUGAGCAUUCUACAUCAAGAGCCGGAGACAAUGUCUUCCACACGUCAGUCCCGAUCCAAGCCAGUUCAAUUCACGGCUGCAUAUCAAUAUCUCGCUCAGUUCCUGCAAGCGGGGCAGACACCAACUACUUCGCAGCGGUCUGGACCAAGGUAUAAAAAUGGUGUUUGUCUUACCGGCAACAAGGAAGCCGGUGAUAUGCCAUUAUUAACUCACUCCCCGGCUACAACGGUGGUUUCGGCGGAUGAUAGCCCCAUCACACCGUCUGAAAGGGGCCCGGAUGAAAAAUUCACUCUACUACAGAACGACAUGAUCGAAUCCAAGUCUACAGCUCUUGCCCCGGUGAUGGUGCAUGGAGACAGAGCUUUCCUUGAAAAGACUCAGUAA